AAGUAAAUGCACCGCACAAAAAACAACAUCACAAGAUUCUGACGACUGAUAUUCUUUUUCUUUCCGCUUUCUAAUAACAAAGUACAUGUAUACAUAAACGAGCUAAGUUUGCACAAACUUGAUUAGCCUGGAGCUGCACCAUUCAACAAGUCAGAUUUCAUUCGUUGGCCUGGGAAGAUGUAAAACGGGGGUACAUCUUGACCUGCUGCAUUCCCGCACCCAAUUAUUGUGAUUGUCUGCCCUUUUCCGGAUGUGACAGAUGAAUGACAGUAAUCAGCACCAGCAACGAUGAAUGGUGGAUAUUCAAACAAGUGAUGUGAAGCACGAAUGAAACUCAAUGAAUGAAAUGGAGUCAUUACGUUUCGAGCCUGCAGACCACAUAGAAGAGGACAUGGGAAGUGCAAAGUUGAACAAUAUCACAGGCCUGGGAGACAACCUUGGCAAUGUGUCCACCACUACUUCUGGGGGCUUUGCCCCUGCUGUGAUCGAGAUUCAGACCUGUCAGUGGAUUUUGUAUCAGGAAAUUCAAAAUUCAAGGGUACGGAUCUGGGAUCUGAUGAUACUGGUACCGAAUGCACUGUUUGUCAUGUUUCUGCUCUGGACAUUGCGCCCAGCCAUUGCUAGACUCCGUCAGACAAGCAGUCCUAUUUUUGCAGCAUUUUACCUGCUGGUGUUGAUGGCAGGCCUGAUAAGCAUUCUGCGCUGUGUGGUUGCUAUGACAGUGAAUGCCACAGUUCUUGCUGGGGAUAUUACAGACAAAGUAAUUUGGCUGGUUCUGCGUUUUUUCCUUCUGGCCACAGAGAUGUCAGUGGUUGUGUUUGGACUCGCCUUCGGACACCUGGAUAGCAAGACCAGUAUUCGUCGAGUGCUGAUGGUGACAUUUUCCUUCGCCUUUGUCUACUCCAGUGUCCAGGGCAUCUUAGAGCUGACCCAUCCGGACCCGAAGUUCCAUAUUCAGGCAAAGAAUUAUGACAUCUUUGCCCAUGGAGGCAUGAUCUUCUGGAUGUCAAGCUCCAUUUUCUUCUGCAUAGUGUAUGGUGUGGUAGUUAUAUUGCCAUUUACAAGACUCAAAGAUCGUCUACAACUUCCAUCCAAAAGGUCGUUUUACAUCUACAUUUUAAUUCUGUGCGUGUUGAACAUGACCCAGGUUGUUGGGAGCACUCUUCUCUACAAAGAUUACUUGAAAGGCUUGUGCAUUGUGGAUGUGACUACCUAUUUAUACUUCGCUUUUUUUGAUCCACUGGUAUACUGCACUUUUCUGCGACAAGCGUUCAGCUCCUCUGGCAACGCCGUUCCUCAGUACAAGUACCAGAUAGAUGAGACCACAGAUGAUGAUGUUGUGUCCCUGCCGCCGUCUGAUGACAAGUACCCCCGAGACAAUCUCAGCGACAGCGGCAGCUUCGACAGCACUCACUUUGAUCGCCACUCUGGGGCAUACAGCGUUAAUGCUGAUGUGUAUACUACAGCUAACUCAUAUCAAAAUGUGUAGUUUAUAUAUUAAUGCCAUCAUUAAUUUUAACUUUUAUGUACUUGAAAACUUUAUGCAUUUUAUUAGCUACACAUAAAUUCUAGUUUUGCUUUGGCAUAUGUGUGUGCUUUGUGGUCAAAGUUUCUAAUAAGUUUUUCCAAAGCAGCUUUUUUGACUGAUGUGAUAAAGUUUUUUGUUCAUUUCCUUUUCAGAAUUGAAUAUUACCCAAAACAAAGAUUAAUUUUGGUGUCACUUAUGUAGAAUACCUACACAGCCAUGUGUCACCUGUUAUGUUUAAACUUGAUCUUUCUGUCCAUUUCCUUUUUUACAACUUUUUAACUGUAAAAUUCUGGAAGCAAGUUGAUUUUAUGGUACCAGAAAUCAUGUUGAUUUAACCCCUUUUUUUAUCCCCCCCACCUUCAUGUUUUCGCGAUGUCAAGAGAAUGCUUUGAAACACCCUAAUGCACAUUGGUAUAAUAUCAUAAUGAUUACUCAGGAUGAAACAAAAGCACUUAAUAAUUUUUUGGUUCAACUGUUAAAGGUCAAGUUCACGGGGAAUUAUGAAAUGAAUGUAGACCUUUUUUUCGCAUUAUGUAUAGAAUGCUUUGACCUAUGAUUAUGAUGGUUACUUGGAAUUCACGGAAAAUCCCAACAGAGCUUGAGGUCAACAGGUCAAAGGUCACAGGGGUUUUCACACUAUAUGGAUAGAUAGACUGAUUAAACGAGGAUCCUACAAAUGAUUAUGCAGCUUAAUCAUUAAGGGAGGAAGAUUCAUCUCGAUUUAAAGAUCAACAGGGCAAAUGUUCAAGGUCACAGAGGCAUGUGGUAUUCAAAUAUCUAUGAAAUUUAAUUAAUAUAACAAUUGCACAUCUUGACAUUUGGCUAUGUGUGUGGCGGGAGGGGGGGGGGGCACACAUGAUUAACAAUCAUGUUUUGUUAUUAUCGUUACUUAUUGUUGUGUUCUCUUUUGUUGUCUUAGUUUGUUUGAAUGAUGCAAUAAAUUGUUAUUCUUUGCUACAAAUUAUAUGCUUACAUAUAUUUGUUAUUAAAAACUUUAAUAUUAA